ACAACAAAAACGUCACGUCUCGUGGACGCGCUCGAGCUAACACCACGCGACAGGGAUUGACAAGAUGGCGAACAGCUUAGAAAUAGGGGACUACCAGCCGUGAAGGAGAGCCUCGAAACCACAACCAUGUCCUGGGAUGUACUCGUUUCUCGGCUAACUGUGGUUACCAUGGUAAUAUGAAGCUAGUUUGAAACGGACGCACGCACCCUCUGCCUCGCACACGAACCCACGGUCAGUUAUUGACUGGCGCAGGCUGUCCGCUCGGCCGGCAGGCCUGUGUGAUGGACAGGUGUAAGCAUGUGGGGCGGCUGCGCCUGGCCCCAGACCACUCUAUCCUCAACCCUCAGAAGUGGCACUGUGUGGACUGCAACACCACCGAGUCUGUUUGGGCCUGCCUGGGCUGUGCGCAUGUCGCAUGUGGUCGUUACAUCGAGGAACAUGCUCUUCAACACUUCCAGCAGCAGAGCCACCCAUUGGCAAUGGAGGUUAAUGAGCUCUAUGUUUUUUGUUACUUGUGCGACGACUAUGUGCUGAACGAUAACGCUACUGGAGACCUCAAGCUACUUCGCAGCACCCUCAGCGCAAUCCAGAGCCAGCGCUAUGAAGUCACCACCCGCAGUGGACGCACCCUUCGCUCUGCUAGCAUUGCACCAGAUGCUCUCAUACCCUGCGGUGCUAGUGAGCUGCAGCUAAGGGAUGAGGACCGAAUGUUUACUGCCCUUUGGCAUCGCCGCAGGGCCCUUAUUGGACGCAUCUUCCGCCUUUGGUUUGGGUUGACUGAGUGCGGAAAGAGGAGAGAGGAAGAAGAAAGAAAGAGAGAGCAGGAGGAGGAACAGAAACGGGAGGCCAGGGAGAGAAGGCGUGCUUUUAAGAGGCAGCUACAGGAGGAACUGGAGAACGCUCCUCUCAGAAAGAGCAGACGCUUGCGUAGGAAAAGCCAGAGAGUUGUGGAUACAGCAAUCGCACCAGCUGUUAAAAAGAAUCGCAAAAAGACAAAAACCCUGUCUCAAACUCGCAGGCCACGGACUCAAAGUCCUGCCACUGCUGCUUCUAAGAAAGCCAGACAGACAAGAAAGUCCCAGCCUAGUUCCAAAUCCCAGAGACGGUCCUCCUACACCCAUUCUAAACCCAGAACUCCAUCAACCACCACUCGUAAUGCUCAAACCCCGGUCCGCCGCAGGCAGAGUACCAAACAGGAUGGCUCGCCUCUCAAACGACGUCCCACAGUCACUCCUGGAGUGACGGGCCUGAGAAAUUUAGGAAACACCUGCUAUAUGAACUCCAUCCUGCAGGUGCUAAGCCAUCUGCAUGUUUUCAGGGAGUGCUUUCUGCGUCUGGACCUGACCCAGGCUCUGGAGCUACUAGCUUCUGCCGUCCAUGGCCAACUAACAGUGAAGACCACAUCACAGUUUCCCCUGUCUCAAAGAAAGGGACUACAGUCAACCUCUGGAGCCAGCACAGGGCUGAGUGGUGGGGCGUCACGGGGCCGCAGCAUGGAACUAAUCCAACCCAAAGAGCCCAGCUCGAAGCACAUCUCCCUCUGCCACGAGCUGCACACGUUGUUCCAAGUCAUGUGGUCCGGCAAGUGGGCGCUGGUCUCGCCUUUUGCCAUGCUCCACUCGGUGUGGCAACUGAUACCUGCGUUCAGGGGCUACGCUCAGCAGGAUGCUCAGGAGUUCCUGUGUGAGCUGCUGGAUAAGGUGCAGCAGGAGCUGGAGAGCACCGGCAGGCACACGACCACGGCCGGAGUCCCACAGAAACGGCUCAUCAAGCAGGUUCUGAGUGUGGUCAACACCAUCUUCCACGGCCAUCUUCUCAGUCAGGUGACGUGCCUGGCCUGCAGCCAUCGCUCCAACACUGUGGAGCCUUUCUGGGAUUUAUCUCUGGAGUUCCCCGAGCGCUAUCACAGUAACAGCAGAGAGUCGGCUGCUCAGGCUUCGUGCCAUUUGACAGAGAUGCUGGCCAAGUUUACAGAAACGGAAGCACUGGAGGGAAACAUCUAUGCCUGUGACCAGUGCAAUGCAGCCAGACGACGGAUAUGCUCCAAAACAGUCAUCCUGACCGAAGCACAGAAACAGCUGAUGGUCUACAAACUGCCUCAGGUCCUCAGGCUCCACCUCAAACGCUUCAGGUGGUCUGGACGGAACCACCGGGAGAAGAUCGGAGUCCACGUUAGCUUUGACCAGCUCCUGAACAUGGAGCCCUACUGCUGCAGAGAAUCCUCGCCUAAAGGUGUACCCUGCUCCAAUCCCAGCAGCCCCAGCACCGCGGGGUCACCACGUCCAAAGCACUUCCUCUACGAGCUCUCUGCUGUAGUGAUGCACCAUGGGAAGGGCUUUGGGUCAGGUCACUACACUGCCUACUGCUACAACACAGAGGGAGGCUUCUGGGUUCACUGUAAUGACUCUAAGCUGAAUGUGUGCUCAGUGGACGAGGUCUGUCGGGCUCAGGCCUACAUCCUUUUCUACACACAGCGAGUAACUCGGGACAAAGACCGGCCACUAUAGUACCAGGACCCCCCCUACUGAACGUUCACCUCCACUUUAUCCUGACCACUCAGUGAGACAUUCAGCACUCUUUUUCCAGUAUUUCUUUUACAACCUGGAACUGUGGGACUUUUUCGUAUUUUUUUCUAAAUUAGGAAAAAACAAGAAGUAUUCCUUUAGUAAAAUCCGGUUCUGCUUUGUGAACUUGUUGUAUAUGGUGUUUAUAUAUGUAGGUAUUUGAAAAGAAAAUGUCAGUGUGAUUUAUGUACAUUUGUAUUUUAUAAAGAAGAGAGUAUCAGCCAAGGUUUGAUCUGUAGCAGCCAGUAGGGAGCGUUGGGUCUGCCGGCUUGUUGAUUGUAAAUGUCUGUGUGUUUUUCAGCUGAAAUGUUUCUCAGUCACUUUAGAUCGUUGAACUGGAUGUAGGUUGUUAACAUGUCAGUCACUCAACAUAAAAUUGGGAUGACAAUUGGAUCCUUUUCCUGCCAGAAAUGCACUAGUUUCUACAGUUUUUUUGUUUUUUUCUACAAAUGACAGUUGCUUAGAAAUAUGUAAACAAACAGGACAGGAAGUUUGGGUUCUAGUCUGAAGUAGCCCCGGCUCUGAAGCAGAAUCCCAGCCAAAGACUUGGAGGAAACAUUUGAAAAAAAUUCUGAAACAGUUAAACAUGGAGGAAACUUUCCAAAGGGAUAACCUUUAGCAUUGUGCUGCCACGUUUCUGCUCCAGAAUGUAACGGCUUUAUAGUGCCUGUGACACACUUUUCCCACAAUUGAAGAAAUAUUUUUUUUAAAUGGGCAGUAAUUGACAUUAUAUUAGGAUUAAAGAUGGGGCGAAAGGCAGUUGUGACACAAAAUAUGCAUAUUUCUUAGCAAUUUGCAAGUCCAAAGUAGCACGGAAAUGACGUGAAAGGGGAAGUCUCCUGUCACUCGUAUGAGUCAAUGUCGCUGCACAAGCUAGCACCUUAACAGCGUGCAAACGGAGCGAUUUAUGAUUGAAAAUGGUAAAAAUCACAGCUCUAAAGAGUCUAAUUUAAAGUUUAAAGAAAUCAUACACCAGGUUGUCUUCAAAUCUGGAAACAUCUAUGGUGUGUACUGCUACUGCGCCAUACUCCUGAAAUUUAUGGCUAUAUAUCUCAACAAGUGUUUAUUCCAGCGGGUCGAAUUUACUUUUUGAAAUAUUUUGUCAAUGUUUCCUUUUUAUAAAGGUAAUUUAUCAUAAAUAUUUGAUAUUCACAAGCACUUCAAGAGUCUGAAAUGUCCCCAACCAGACGUGACUAGAAAAGUGCCCUUUUAAUCUUUAAAGUACAUUAUUUUUGUAGUUCUUAUAAAUUCAGCAAAAGUGGAACCUGCAGCCCUGCGUUUCACGCAAACCAGCAUUUAGGCUAUGAAUGUGUUUUAUACAAUCUUAAGAGGUUUUACAAAUACGACCAUCAACUGUUACAUUUUUAUACCACCCCUUUAACACCAGCAGCUAUCUUUAAAAAUUUUACUGUAUGAAUUUGGUUCAUUUUUAAUUAUUAGAGAAGAAUCACAGUUUUUCGUAUCACUGUCAGAUUUUUUUUGUCCUUUUGGUUACUACUCCAUUGGUGUGUUUGUGUUUUGGAGUGUGUGUAAAUUUUAUGGAAGUUAUACUAUGCAAAUUGUUACCUCAAUUUUUAUUUCUAGAAAAAAUUACCUCAAUAAAUGAGAUUAUUUUUUCAUUUUUCUACGAA